CCAAAACUUCAUAUAAGCCACAAGGUUCCUGGCUGCCUGUUGUUGAAGUUUGACUUACAGUUAUCCUGCUGCUGCAUUACUGCUGAGCUAAUCCCUGUCUGGUGCCRUAGAGAAUUCCAGUACCGUUUUACAGGUAUAUUCUGACAUCAGCUUAUUCAAAGAGAGCAACUAGAACUUUGCAGAGACAUUUGUUUAAUUUCUGCAGCUGGUGUAAAUGAGCCUGGACUGAAGACUUGAAGCCUGGAAAAUGAAGCUAAAGGAAAUAGAGCGAACAGCUGUCCAAGCAUGGAGUCCAGCAAACAACCACCCUGUUUAUCUAGCAACAGGAACAUCUGCCCAGCAGCUGGAUGCAUCCUUCAGUACAAAUGCCACCUUGGAAAUAUUUGAGGUUGACUUCAGGGAUCCCUCUCUGGACAUGAAGCAGAAAGGAAUCCUCCCUGCCUCAAACAGGUUCCAUAAGCUGAUCUGGGGUAGCUUUGGCAGUGAGUCCCCCGAGUCCUCUGGAGUGAUCAUUGGUGGAGGGGACAAUGGAGUGCUGACAAUGUACAGCGUGCCCCGCAUCCUCGCUUCCAAGAGCGAGCCUGUGAUUGGGCAGACAGAGAAGCAUUCCGGCCCCGUCCGAGCUCUUGAUUUCAACCCUUUCCAGAGUAACCUCUUGGCCUCCGGAGCAAAUGAUUCUGAAAUUUUCAUCUGGGACUUGAAUAACUUCAGUGUGCCUAUGACACCAGGAGCUAAAUCACAGCCUCAUGAAGACGUCAGUGUGGUGUCCUGGAAUCGGCAGGUGCAGCAUAUCCUGUCCUCUGCUCACCCAAGUGGCAAGGCUGUGGUUUGGGACCUCAGGAAGAAUGAGCCCAUCAUCAAAGUGAGCGACCACAGCAACCGGAUGCAUUGCUCAGGCAUGGCCUGGCACCCAGAAGUUGCAACCCAGCUCGUUCUUUCCUCAGAGGAUGACCGCUUGCCAGUGAUCCAAAUAUGGGACUUGCGUUUUGCUACCUCUCCUUUGAGCCAGCUGGAAGGGCACACGAGGGGAGUUCUCUCUGUCUCUUGGUGCCACGCUGACCCUGAGCUGCUGUUGAGCAGUGCCAAAGACAACCGGAUCUUGUGCUGGAACCCAAGUACGGGGGAGGUGGUUUAUGAGUUGCCCAUUCGGAGUCAGUGGUGCUUUGAUGUCCAGUGGUGCCCUCGGAAUCCCACAGUCUUCUCUGCUGCCACAUUUGAUGGGUGGAUCAACAUUUAUUCUGUUAUGGGUGGCAGUUUAGAAGCUCAACAGAAGACUCAGGCUGACAAGAUCUCCUCCUCCUUCAACAACCUCGAUCCCUUUGGCACAGGACAGACCCUUCCUCCUCUGCAGGUGCCAGAGCAAGUAGCUCAGACCACCUUGAUUCCACCUUUGAAAAAGCCACCCAAGUGGAUUCGUAGACCUGUGGGAGUUUCAUUUGCAUUUGGAGGAAAAUUGAUUACCUUUGGUCUUACCAAAGUUUCUGGACAGCAAGUGCAGCAGACUUGCCCUCGCCAGGUGUUCAUCAGUCAAGUAACUACUGAAACAGAGUUCCUGGUCCGAUCCAGAGAACUGCAGAUGGCCCUGCAGUCAGGGAACCUCCUUGAGUACUGCAAGAGCAGGAUCCAGACAGCCAAGCUGCAGUUCGAUGAGAACCUCUGGAACUUCCUGAAGGUGAAUCUGGAGCAGGAGUCCAGGACAAAACUCCUCAAGCUGCUGGGCUACAGUCAAGAAGAUCUGCAAAAGAAGAUCUCCUCCUGCUUGAGUAACGGGAUUCCAGAUAAACAGCCCCUUCCUGAGGUGGAUGAGAAGAAUGCUGUGCAGCCAGGUCAGCUUUUGAUAAAUUCCAGUGAUGAUGUAGCUGCUGUUUCCUCCUCUUCAGCCUUUUUUGACAACCUCAUCCCACAGGACAUGAGCAGUUUGGAGAUUCCUGUCACAACAGAUACUGAUGGACUCAUCAGCCAGGCCCUUCUGCUGGGGAAUUUUGAGGGCGCAGUGGAGCUCUGUCUGCGGGCAGAACGCUUUGCUGAUGCCAUCAUCUUAGCCAUUGCUGGUGGGGAGAAUCUCCUGAGAGAGACCCAGAAGCGCUACUUUGCCAAGAGGAAAACCAAAAUUUCCAYGCUUCUUUCCUCCAUUGUGCAACAGAAGUGGCAAGAUAUCGUUUGCACGUGUGAUCUACAAAGCUGGAAGGAGGCCCUGGCCAUCUUGCUAACGUACUCAAAGCAUGAGGACUAUACCCAGCUCUGUGACAUGCUGGGCGCCCGCUUAGAGGCGGAGGGAGAUGCGGCCCUGUGYGACGACGCCUGCCUCUGCUACAUCUCCUCGGGCAACGUGGAGAGGUUGGUGGAGUGCUGGGUAAAAAACCAUGAGACUUCGUCACCCCUUGCCCUGCAGGACCUGAUAGAGAAGGUGAUGGUGCUGAGCAGGUCCAUUGAGAUGCUCCGAGGCACAGCAGGGCCAGCGCCAGGCCCUGUCUUGGCAGAGCGGRUCACCCAGUAUGCCAACCUGCUGGCGUCGCAGGGAUGCCUGGCAGCCGCGAUGAAUUACCUGCCCAGCAGCUCCAAAGAGCUCCUGAUCCAACAGCUUCGUGACCGGCUCUUCCACGCUCAGGGAGGGAAUGUGGCUGAUCAGCAGCCGCCACCUUUCCCCUACCCUCGUAUCCAUGUGGGUGGUGUUAAACGUGAGUCUCCAGCAGCCAGGAGCAGCUCCACCCCUGAAAGAGCAGCGCACAAACCAAGCCCCAGACAUCCAGAGAAGCCCACCUAUCCAUCAUCAUUUACCCCUUCAGCACCUGCUCAGCCUUCUGUGCCUUCCGUCUUCGCACCUCAGCCAGUGCCAGCRAUGUCUGCACCACUUCAAACCAGUGCUGUUCCACAAACGAGCAUCUAUUCCAGAGGGCCCCCAUACCCACAGUACAACUUGGGCAUGGCUCCAGUGCCAGUUCCAGCACCAGCACUCACACAGUCUCAGCCAUUCAGCCCUGCGGGAGCCAGACCUGCUGCUCCGACRCCCUUCCCCAGCCAGCCUCCUCUGCCAGGACAGUCCACGGCCAUGGCAUCUCCUGGUGUGCCACCGCCCGGACCCACCAUCUUCGCUCCAGCCUCAGGCCCAUCACCGCAGCUCCCUGCAGGUUGUCCUCUCCCCAUGGCAAGCCAGUCUCCUCUGGGCUUCUCUUCUGCACCGUUCAACUGCCCCAUGAACGUGGGUUACCCUCAGGGAGGCCCUGGAGCUCCAUCUACUAAGCCCCUGCCGGCAGCCAGUAUUCCUCCACCUCCCACAGGUUUCUUCCCUUGGCUAGAUCCACACUUGGAUCGUGCAGCUCAGGAAUCUUGGACUGAUCCUUCUGUUGCAAGAGGAAGCCUUCAGAAGAAAAAGUUGCCGGAGAAGUUUACGCCUCCAGCCCCCAUCACAGCUCCAGUCAUGAGCCUCCCUACAGAGCUCCAAGGGAUCCAUCCUCAGAUCUCCAGGUUGCAGGAAGCUGGCCAGUCACCCCCAGGAGCACCCAAGGAAGGCAGCCUGCAGUAUCACCAGCUGCCCACGGAGAGGAUCGAAAGGAAGGAGGUGCCCCCUGAGCACCAGAAUCUGAAGACCACAUUUGAAGAUUUGGUGCAGCGCUGCUCUGCUGUUGCCACUGAUCCAAAAACUCGAAGGAAGCUGGAGGAUGCGUUGCAACGGCUGGAGUGCUUGUAUGAGAAGCUCCGUGAACAAGUGCUCUCUCCAGCCAUUCUAAUGGGUCUUCAUGAGAUUGCUCGCUGCAUUGAGGCUAGGAACUACCAGCAAGGUCUCCUGGUUCAUACCCAAGUGGUGAGCAGCAGCAGUUUCAGUGAGGUGUCUGGCUUCAUGCCCAUCCUGAAGGUCCUCAUGACCAUUGCUGGCAAGCUGAAUGUCUAAAGUGGACUCCCUUACCUAUUGAUGUGCUGCAGUUUGUGGACUCUCCUUCUGGCUCUGGAGAAGAAAGUCUGUGCCAGGAACUGAGCCGGGCCAGCACACCUGGUCCUGUCUGCUCUCCAGUCAUCCCUGUGGGGCCUGGAUUUCUUGGAGACUGUUCUUUCUCUUUCUUACUGGUCUUAGGCUGCUUUCUAACCUGGGAAUCUUGAUAUCAGGCUGCCUAUGUUGCACAGAGGUCUUUCCAGAACUGCUCCUCUUCCCAGUCUCUCUCCCCUCAGAGAGGGGAAGCUCCCCUCCCAGGCUGACACUAUUUUGGAGUAGGACGCAAACAGUGCUGGCGCUUUCGGCACCACCAAACAGAAGAGCCCCAGGCUCUAUUCCCCACUCCUGUGUGAACUGGUCCUGAGUGACCACUGGGCCCCCUUGGGACUUAAGCUGGGGUGUCCCUGCUCCACUGGGCCGCAUCAGUUCUCUGAUUCCUCUUUUCUCUUCAUUCUAAUCUUUGACUCUUUCCCCUCCUCCCCCUUACCAUGCUACCACUAGCACUGCCAGCCUGCUCCGGGCUCACUUUGGUUCUGUCCAUCUUCUGUGUUCAAUCCUCCCUUUUCAUAGUCUUCUCUGCACCCUCKACCCCUUUCUUUAUCUCUCUUUUCCUUGAGAGCCCCACGUUUGAACYUCUUUUGUUUCAGGCCCGGGACUGUUUCCCCUCUUCUGACUGUGGAGACUCUCCUGUCCUCAGGAAUGCUGGCAGGUUGGACUCCUGCUCAGUGCACGCCUCCCCAGAGCCAGGGGCAUCCUGUGCUGAGGCUGAGAGCCGUGCUGUCUGGCUUGUGCACUUUUCCACUUCCUUUAUGUUAGCACAGUUGGCCUCUUGCCAACCAGUGUUAUCUAAAGGCUUCCCACAUUGGGAUUUCCAGACAGGCUAAGGGCUUUAGAAGCAGCAGGGGUUGUACACRUCCCUUGAGAGUCCCCUUAAGCUGCUGUGAACAAAUUUGCCCAAAUUUGAGCAGGGGGAGACAGCUUAUUGCUACAGGUGUGGUGGUGUGUUCUGCCUAUAGUAAUGGAUAUGUGUGAGGGUGAUUCUCCAGGGCCCUGAGAUGGUAGGAACGUGCUGUUGGGGUGAUGCACUAGGCCCUGAAGAGACAGACCUGAUUUGAGGCUUUUCCACACUGUGGUGUUUCUUUUGGGAUGAAACAGGAGUGAAGCAUAUUUGUCCCACAGAAGAAGCCUGGGAAGGCAGAAGGGAUUUUUAAGGCACAUCUGUACU